AUGCCUCUAUCUUACGCAAAACUCCUCGCCGCUGCUUGCGGUUUGGCUUCCACCGCCUCCGCCCUCCACCCGCUGGUCGUCGAAGGCAAGGACUUUGUCAACAGUGUCACCAAGGACCGUUUCCAGAUCAUUGGUGUUGACUACCAACCUGGUGGCUCUGCGGCCUUCAAGAAAACCGCCGACCCUCUCAGCGACAAGGAUACCUGCUUGCGUGAUGCUGCUGUUUUGCAGCGCCUGGGUGUAAACGCUAUCCGUGUCUACAACUUGGCCCCCUCCGCCGACCAUGAUGCGUGCGCUUCCAUUUUCAACGCUGCCGGUAUCUACAUGUUCUUGGAUGUCAACUCUCCUUUGACCAAUGGCGCUCUUGACCAGACUGCCCCAUGGACUACCUACAACCACUUUUAUAUGCAGCAAGUCUUUGGUGUUAUCGAGGCCUUCAAGAACUAUCCCAACACUGCCGCCUUCUUCUCCGCCAACGAGGUUAUCAGCGAGUCCAGCACAGAGAACGCUGGUAUCUACAUCCGAGCUGUUCAGCGUGACAUGCAUCAGUACAUCGAGAAACACGCCAACCGUUCUAUUCCUGUUGGUUACUCUGCUGCCGAUGUCCGUCCCCUGUUGGUUGACACUGCCUACUAUUUGUCUUGCAACCUCGAAAACUCCACUGAAUCCCGCUCUGACUUCUUUGGUCUUAACUCAUACUCGUGGUGCGGUGAUGCCACUUACACAUCCAGUGGUUACAACGUCCUCACCCAGGACUUUAAGGAUAUUUCUAUGCCUGUCUUCUUCUCUGAGACCGGCUGCAACAAUGUCAAGCCUCGUGUCUUCUCCGAGAUCGAGGCUAUCUAUGGUCCUGAUAUGUCCUCGUCUCUCUCCGGUGCCUUGGUGUAUGAGUACAGCCAGGAAGCCAACGACUAUGGCCUCGUCGUGAUUAACAGCAAUGGAUCCGUUUCCCUGCGCGUUGAUUACGAUAACUUGCAGAAGCAAUACAACAAGCUUGACUUGAAAGCCAUUACCCAGUCCAACUCUAGUCAGACCUCGAUGAACGCUCCCACUUGCAACCCUGACGAGAUCACCUCCAACAUCACCAAGAGCUUUGACAUCCCUAAGCAAGUCGAUGGUAUUGACAAGCUGAUUGCCAAUGGAUAUACUACCGAUGUCCAUGUUGGUCAGCUAGUUGACGUUACCUCUACUACACCUUCUCAGCAAGUGUACGAUACUAACGGCAACAUCAUCAGCGGAAUCAAGCUGAACGUGCUGUCCGACGAUGCUACCAAUACCCCUUCUAAUACGACUACUUCGGGCUCCACAUCCUCAAGUGGCACAACUACAAGCGGUAGCAGCGCUGCGGCCACCUCAAGCGGAGCGGCUAGCUCUUUAACUGCUGGUUCUAUGACCGGAAUUGGAGGUCUUCUUGCUUUUGCAUUGAUGGCAUUGUAA